CUUCACGGCCACCACCACCACCAUGGAUGCGACGGCUAGCAGAGCCGGUGAAAAUGACGACGACGACAAGAAGCAGGGUGCAGCGCCGGCCAAGAAGGUGUCGCUGCUCGGCCUGUUCAGGUACGCGGACCGCCUGGACUUGCUGCUGAUGGCGGUGGGCACGGUAGGGGCCCUGGCCAACGGCGUGGCCGAGCCCCUCAUGACCAUCCUCUUCGGCAACGUCAUCGACUCCUUCGGCGACAGCACCUCACAGGACAUCGUCCGCAGCGUGAGAAAGGUUGUUCUGGAUUUCGUAUAUUUGGGCAUCGGAGCAGCUGUUGUCUCAUUUCUUCAGGUGUCAUGUUGGACGAUGGCAGGAGAAAGGCAGUCAGCUCGAAUCCGUUCUUUAUACCUCAAUGCUGUCUUGAGACAGGAUAUUGCAUUCUUCGACACAGAAUUGACAACAGGCCAAGCAGUUUCUAGGAUGUCCAGUGAUACCCUCGUGAUUCAGGAUGCUCUUGGCGAGAAGGCGGGAAAGCUUAUACAACUCUCAUCUGCCUUUUUUGGUGGUUUUAUAAUAGCAUUCACAAAAGGCUGGCUCCUCACCCUCGUCAUGUUAACAUCACUACCACUAAUUGCAAUUGCCGGUGUAGUUUCUGCUCAGUUUCUAACAAAUAUUUCUAGCAAGAAACUGACAUCUUAUGGAGAUGCUGGGGACACUGUUGAACAGACUAUCGGAGCUAUAAGAACAGUAGUUUCCUUUAACGGAGAGAACAAAGCCGUUGCAAUGUACAAAAACUUAAUAAAGAAGGCAUACAGGACUGAUAUUUUGGAAGGCCUGAUCAAUGGUUUUGGCAUGGGAUCUGUCUUUUGCAUCUUGUUCUCUAGCUAUGGCCUAGCUUUCUGGUAUGGUGGAAAGCUAAUCGCUGACAAAGGCUACACUGGUGGGAAGAUCAUCACAGUUUUGUUCGCUGUGUUAACUGGUGCAAUGUCUUUAGGUAAUGCAACACCCUCUGUUUCUUCAAUUGCUCAGGGUCAAUCUGCAGCAUACAGAUUGUUUGAAACGAUUGAGAGGAAGCCAGAGAUAGAUUCAGGUGAUACCAGAGGUGUCGUUUUAGAAGAUAUGAAGGGUGAUGUUGAACUAAAAGAUGUUCACUUUUGCUACCCUGCAAGACCCGAUCAACUGAUAUUAUGUGGAUUAUCAUUGCAAGUAGCCAGUGGAACCACAAUGGCCAUAGUUGGAGAGAGUGGAAGUGGCAAAUCAACUGUCAUCAGCCUAGUUGAACGAUUCUACGAUCCACAUGAUGGUGAAGUUUUGAUAGAUGGCAUUAACAUCAAGAAUCUAAGGCUUAGUUGCAUUAGAGAGAAGAUCAGUCUGGUCAGUCAAGAACCAUUGCUCUUCAUGACCUCCAUUAAAGAUAACAUAAUGUAUGGUAAAGGAGACACGACAAUUGAAGAGGUCAAGAGGGCAGCCGAGCUUGCAAAUGCAGCAAACUUCAUCGAUAAGUUGCCGGAUGGCUAUGAUACAAUGGUUGGACCGCAUGGCGCACAGCUUUCUGGAGGACAAAAGCAAAGAAUUGCAAUUGCAAGAGCCAUCCUUAAAGAUCCAAAAAUACUUUUGCUCGAUGAAGCAACAAGUGCAUUGGAUGUGGAAUCUGAGCGGAUAGUUCAGGAGGCACUGAAUAGGAUAAUGGUGGAAAGGACUACGCUUGUUGUUGCUCAUCGUUUGAGCACCGUAAGGAAUGUUGACUGCAUAACAGUACUUCGUCAAGGGAAAAUAGUUGAACAAGGCCCUCAUGAUGUAUUGGUGAAGGAUCCCAAUGGGGCAUACUCUCAGCUUAUUAGGCUACAAGAAACUCGUGCUGAUGAAAGGCGUAAAACAGCAGACUCUGGGGUGCCAGAUUCUAGAUCAAAAAGCACCAGUUUGUCACUUAGACGGUCAAUGAAUAAAGAUUCUUUUGGUAACAGCAACAGAUAUUCCUUCAAGAAUCCCUUAGGAUUAUCAGUUGAGUUACAUGAGAAUAGGAUCAUAGGUGGAGAGGAAACAGAAGGGCUCUCUGAUGUUGUGGUGCUAAAGAAAGCACCAAUUGGACGACUUUUUAAGCUUAACAUGCCAGAAGUGCCAGUUCUUCUGCUAGGCUCUAUAGCAGCAUCAGUGCACGGUGUCGUUUUCCCAUUGUUUGGUAUAUUGAUGUCUGGUAUUAUAAAAUCAUUUUAUGAACCACCAGAUAAAAUGCGAAAGGAUACUAGCUUUUGGGCACUGAUAUCUGUUGUUCUGGGCAUUACAUGUCUGAUUUCAGUCCCAGCACAAUACUUUUUGUUUGCGGUUGCUGGGGGCAAGUUGAUAGAGCGCAUUCGUGCUUUGUCAUUUCAAAGCAUUGUGCGCCAGGAAAUUGCUUGGUUUGAUAAUGCCUCAAAUUCCAGCGGAGCACUUGGUACAAGGCUCUCAGUUGAUGCGUUAAAUGUCCGGCGCAUAGCAGGAGAUAACUUGGCCCUAAUAAUGCAGUCUAUAGCUACAUUGACAACUGGAUUUGUCAUAGCCUUUGCGGCAGAUUGGAGGCUUGCACUGAUCAUCACAUGUGUGAUUCCUUUGGUAGGUGCACAGGGCUAUGCUCAAGUGAAGUUCUUGAAGGGGUUUAGCGAAGAUGCUAAGGAGAUGUAUGAAGAUGCAAGCCAAGUUGCAACUGAUGCUGUUGGCAGUAUCAGAACUGUAGCAUCAUUCUGUGCAGAGAAAAGAGUGGUCGCAACAUACAAUGAGAAAUGUGAAGCUCUAAGAAAACAGGGAAUUCGAAGUGGAAUUGUUGGAGGACUUGGUUAUGGAUUCUCAUUUUUAAUGUUGUAUUUCACAUAUGGUCUUUGUUUCUAUGUUGGUGCACAGUUUGUACGUCAAGGGAAAACUACUUUUCCAGAUGUUUUUAAGGUUUUCUUCGCAUUAGUUUUGGCAGCUAUUGGGGUUUCGCAGGCAAGUGCACUGGCUUCUGAUGCAACAAAAGCAAGAGAUUCUGCUAUUUCCAUUUUUAGUAUUCUGGAUAGGGAGUCAAAAAUUGACUCGAGUAGCGAUGAUGGAAUGACACUGGAGAAUGUCACUGGCAACAUUGAUUUCAACAAUGUCAGUUUCAAGUACCCAUUGCGCCCUGAUGUCCAGAUAUUCAGUGACUUUACCUUGCGCAUUCCUUCUGGAAAGACAGUGGCACUUGUUGGAGAGAGUGGUAGUGGCAAGUCCACAAUAAUUGCUUUACUGGAGCGUUUCUAUGAUCCAGAUUCUGGUAGAAUAUCACUAGAUGGCGUUGAAAUUAAGAGCUUAAAAAUAAGCUGGCUAAGGGAUCAAAUGGGGCUGGUAGGCCAGGAGCCAGUGCUUUUCAAUGACACAAUUCGUGCCAACAUAACAUAUGGGAAACAUGGUGAUGUAACAGAGGAAGAGGUUAUGGCUGUAGCCAAGGCAGCCAAUGCCCAUGAAUUCAUAUCAAGCUUACCUCAAGGAUAUGACACCAUGGUAGGCGAGAAAGGAAUUCAGCUAUCUGGUGGGCAGAAACAACGAGUAGCUAUUGCAAGGGCCAUAAUCAAGGAUCCAAAGAUACUACUCCUUGAUGAGGCAACCAGUGCCCUUGAUGCUGAAUCAGAGCGCAUUGUUCAAGACGCAUUGGACCGAGUCAUGGUCAGCCGUACCACCAUUGUGGUGGCACACCGCCUCUCCACGAUCAAAGGGGCUGACAUGAUUGCUGUUCUCAAGGAAGGCAAGAUUGUAGAGAAAGGAAGGCAUGAAGUCCUGAUGCGCAUCAACGGUGGGGCCUAUGCUGCCCUAGUAGAGCUCCGCUCGAAAUCUGAAUAGAAUGAUGAUGUAUUUUUAUAUCGUUUGUGCAUUUAUACAAGUACUAUUUGGUCAGAAUUCAGUUGUUCUUAA